CGAAAAAAGAGCAAAACCCGGCGAGGGCGGGACGAGCCGGGCGCCAUUUUGCCGGGAGAGACUCUAGAGGCGAGCGAGAGUCAGCCGCUGGGGCAGAAGCGCGGGAAAGGAAAGAGGAGGCAGUCUGUGAGGGAAAGGAGCCGCUGCCACCGCCACCAUCUUUUCCUUCGGGGCACCUGACGGGGGAGGCCGGGCUAAGCCUGACCGGAGCCUCCCGCCGCCAAAGACGCAGCCGCCAACGGAGCCGCAGAGCGAGCCCCGACCCCGACGAUUCUGGGGACCUGAGAUGGCUGCACAGUCAGCACCGAAAGUCGUGCUUAAGAGCACCACCAAGAUGUCCCUCAACGAGCGCUUUACUAAUAUGCUGAAGAACAAACAGCCGAUCCCCGUGAACAUUCGCGCCACCAUGCAGCAGCAACAGCUAGCCAGCGCCCGAAACAGGAGGCUGGCCCAGCAGAUGGAGAAUAGACCUUCUGUCCAGGCCGCCUUAAAACUCAAGCAGAAGAGCCUGAAACAGCGCCUGGGGAAGAGUAACAUCCAGGCACGCUUGGGCCGGCCAGCAGGACCCUUGGCUCGUGGGACAUUAGGGGGGCGAGGCUUGCCCAUGGGUCAGCGAGGCUUGCCCCGAGGAGCGAUGCGUGGCGGGCGCGGAACAAGAGCCUUGCUACGAGGAGGAAUUCCCCUGAGAGGACAGGGCUUACUUCGGGGAGGCCGUGGCUUAGCCCCUCGGAUGGGCCUGAGAAGAGGCCUUAGAGGCCGAGGUGGGCCUGGCAGAGGCGGGCUUAGCAGAGGCGCCAUGGGGCGCGGUGGAAUUGGUGGCCGAGGUCGUGGCAUGGCAGGCCGUGGACGAGGCGGCUUUGGUGGCCGGGGGAGAGGCAGAGGACGCGGCAGAGGUGCCACCCGCCCAGCGCUGACCAAGGAACAGUUGGACAACCAGCUUGAUGCGUACAUGUCAAAAACAAAAGGACACCUGGAUGCUGAGCUGGAUGCUUACAUGGCCCAGACAGACCCUGAAACCAAUGACUGACACAUUUUCUUGUAGACACUUGCUGAGGCACGCUGUGUGUGUGAGUGUGUGCGCACAUGCUGGUCUUUCCCCCUCCUGUAAGCCAAGACCAGCAAAUGCUGAUAGUGCGGGGGGGGGGGGUAUGAUCUGCAGACUUGACAUGUGGGUCGGGGAAGGGGAUGACAACGUUAAUGUGUUCCUUUUACAUUUUGAUACUCUUUGUGUUGUAUGAAACCGGGCGUGUGUGUUUUUAUACAUAUAUGUACACAUUUCUUAAAUGACUCUGAAACUGAAUUUGACAGGUGGGCUAUUGAGAGAUGGCAUCCAUCUUAUUAGUGGAGCAGGCAGGUUGACCCCCUUCUCUCUUAAGUGGGAAAACAUUGCAUGCGCGAUCUCCCACUUCUCUUAGAAUUGGGCCUUACUGUACAUAGAAGGUCUCUGGUGCUUAUGAGCUGUGAGAGGUAGCAGUUACAGCUGCUGCAACAGUUAUGUUUCAAGGUAGCUGCUCCUGCCGUCUUGUUGCUAAAUCCCAGUUCCUUUCUGGUGGGUAAGGGAUUUCCCUGCCCUACAGUCAGUGUAUGAAUCUUAGAUGGUAUUCCCAGAAAACCAAAUUGGUCUCGGUGAAUUUAAUUGGACAAAAACCUGAUGUGGCUGAAAACGAUUGUGAUAUUUUCAUUUUGAAAAGGCCUGCUUCAGACUCCUUAGUUUCGAUGUUCAUGCUGGUUGAGUUUUCCCCAUGUUUAAAACACCAAGGAGGCACCUGCUUUGCCUCUUCGCCAACUGGAGUUUUGUGAGUUCAGCUGUUCGGUUCUAGUUUUGAAUGGCAUCUUGUAUUUUCUGUUUUACUGUAAGAAACAAAUGCAGGGAAGAGAAAAAAAACGUGGCUAUGCGUGUGUG